AUGGAGGCGCUGUCGCUGCCCGCGGCGCUCUCGCUGGUGGCCGGCGGCGGCGCGGGGCUCAGCCCGGAGCGGCGGGCGGGGCUGGGCCCCGACCGCGCCGCGCCCCGCAGCCGCCUGUACAGCUUGAACUGCUUGGACUGGAGCCUCCUGACGCCAGCCACCAAGGAGAUGCUUGCACUGAUUGAGCAGGUGAAGGGCCGCUUUCAGGGAGAUCCUUCUUUUGAGUACAACUUGUCUGAGAUAAACGCAGAAGCAGCUGCAAGACUGAUUGAAAGUGGUAAAGAGCCUGUGAUCAAGGAGGAGGCCCGCCUUAUAGCUACGAUAGAACAGAUAGACAGAGCAGUUGGCAUUGUCCCCCGGGGGGCAUUUGUGAAGACUCCUCUUGGGCCUGUGCAUGAAAACAGACACUUUGAAGGUCUGUCUUUAGUGGAGGCAAAAAAGUUAAGUUCCUAUUUCCAUUUCACUGAGCCUGUUAACCUGAAGAAUAAAACCCUGCUGGAAAAAGCUGACCUGGACCCAUCCACUGACUUUCUAGAUUCUCUGGAGCAUGAUAUCCCACGAGGCUCCUGGAGUAUCCAGCUGGAGAAGGGAGGCACUGUGGUGGUGCUGCGGAGCCUGCUGUGGCUGGGACUUACAUUCUACCAUGUCCCAACAACCAAGCAAUUCGGCUACGUCUACUUUGGCACUGGUGAGAAGAAUCUGGAUCUGCCCUUCAUGCUUUGACUUCUGUCUGGAAGAAGGACUGAAGAACUAGAAAAGAUCUAGAUUUUAUACUUAGGAAAUUUUGUUUACUGCUUGUUCUAAUAAAAAUGUGAAACCUCUGCA